AUGGCCGGCGCGGAGAAGCAAAAUGCCAACCCGACCGUGUACGCGAGCGCGACGGAGCGCCGGGUCGAGAAGGUGACGGACGAAGAGAGCGCGGACCCGUUCGAUGCGCUCGAAGUCUUUGAGAUUCUGCGCCAUCUCAACGACCCCGAGCACCCGCUGACGCUCGAGCAGCUCAAGGUCAUGACGCUCGACAACAUCCUCGUGGACAACGCAACAAGCCGCGUCAAGGUCCAGUUCACGCCCACCAUCCCGCACUGCAGCAUGGCCACGCUCAUUGGCCUCUGCAUUCGCGUCAAGCUGUUGCGCUCGCUGCCAAAGCGCUUCAAGGUCGACAUUCGCAUCACGCCGGGCACACACAUUACCGAAGACGCCAUCAACAAGCAGCUCAACGACAAGGAGCGCGUCGCGGCCGCGCUCGAGAACGCUCAUUUGCUCAACGUCGUCAACAAGUGCAUCGCCAACACCGAUCUUUAA